GGCCUCCUGGAACUCACUAUUUAGCCCAACCUGGGAAGUUGGGAGGAGUAGCUGUGAGUCAAGUAUUAUGGAAAAUCAGAAAAGGGCACAAGUAAUUGCUUCCAGAGGAGGUGAAACUUGCCCCAGGCACUCAACCGCAGCAAACCGGGACCAGGUGCCUACAAUCUCUAGGUAAGCACAGCUCUUGCCCUCGGGGGCCUAAAUCCCAGCGCAGUUUAACUAGUUUGUGGACCACCUACUUCAGAAUUGUCCUGGUGCUUGCUAAGAUGUGGAUUUCUCUUUUUCCCCAGAGGAUUUGGGAAACACAUAAAGCGGGGGGGGCUGCGUGUAGCACCCAGGUGAUUCUGAUGCACACUCAAAUUUGCCAGAUCGAAACGAUCAGGAGCGUCAAAGGGAAAAACGAAGUCAGAGGCGGAAGAAAAAGGUGUUCCCCAGGCGAUGAAAACUUUCCGGUAAGUUGUCUUGGAAAAUGCAACUCGGCGUAAUAGAGGGAGUUGGGGAGGUGGCCGCUGCGGGAAAGGGCGAUGAGUCCUGGGGUGCUGCAGCGGGGGAGUGGGUGGGAGGCGCCUCCUCGCUUCCCCAGGCCGGCCGAGGGAUGAGGUCACCUGGCACAGCACCAGUAGCAGCUGCGGAGGACGCGCAGGCGCUGCGGCGGGAGGCAGUGUCAGGCUCGGGCCCCUGGGGAAUUCCUCCCCCCUGCGACCCCCCCCCCGCCCGCCGGCCCCCUCGAGAGGCGUACCCGGGUCCCCCACGCCCGAGCCUGCGCUUUGUACCGCCCACCAAAGCCCCGCCCUCCGCACAGGCCACGCCUCCUACCAGCUUCGAGGCGUCGCAGUGGUCCUUUCGUGGGCUCCGGAGCUGUCCCACCGCCUUCCCCGUCCGAGGCCACGCCCCCGUGCUCCUGUCGCCUUAUUUUCCCCUGAGAGUCCCGAGGCGCCGCGCCUUGGCCCCGCCUACAGCCCGAGGCCCCGCCCCCGGCGCCCCGCCCCGCCGUUUGAAGCAGCUCGGGCUGCGGCUGCCUCAGAGUCGCGCGCGGGGCGUGGGGGCGGUGCUGAGGAGCUGAAACUGUGGCCAGCUCGAAGCCGGACAGUCCAGCGAGCAGCGCGGCGGGAACCGGCAGCCGGAGCAGUCCCGGAGCAGAAGCAGCAGCAGCAGCCGUCGCUGUUGGCGGAGCGCAGCCGAGCCGGCCAUGGCGUUGUCUAUGCCGCUGAAUGGGCUGAAGGAGGAGGACAAAGAGCCCCUCAUCGAGCUCUUCGUCAAGGCUGGCAGUGAUGGUGAAAGCAUAGGGAACUGCCCCUUUUCCCAGAGGCUCUUCAUGAUUCUUUGGCUUAAAGGAGUUGUAUUUAGUGUGACGACUGUUGACCUGAAAAGGAAGCCUGCAGACCUGCAGAACUUGGCUCCCGGGACCCACCCACCAUUUAUAACUUUCAACAGUGAAGUCAAAACGGAUGUAAAUAAGAUUGAGGAAUUUCUUGAAGAAGUCUUAUGCCCUCCCAAGUACUUAAAGCUUUCACCAAAACACCCAGAAUCAAAUACUGCUGGAAUGGACAUCUUUGCCAAAUUCUCUGCAUUUAUCAAGAAUUCAAGGCCAGAGGCUAAUGAAGCAUUGGAGAGGGGUCUCCUGAAAACCCUGCAGAAACUAGAUGAAUAUCUGAAUUCUCCUCUCCCUGAUGAAAUUGAUGAAAAUAGUAUGGAGGACAUUAAGUUUUCUACACGUAAAUUUCUGGAUGGCAAUGAAAUGACAUUAGCUGAUUGCAACCUGCUGCCCAAACUGCAUAUUGUCAAGGUGGUGGCCAAAAAAUAUCGCAACUUUGAUAUUCCAAAAGACAUGACUGGCAUCUGGAGAUACCUAACUAAUGCAUACAGUAGGGAUGAGUUCACCAAUACCUGUCCCAGUGAUAAGGAGGUUGAAAUAGCAUAUAGUGAUGUAGCCAAAAGACUCACCAAGUAAAAUCGCGUUUAUAAAAGUGAUGUCUUCAUGUCUUCCCCUAAGAAUAUGCUUUCCCUAACAGGCUACUCCUUCUUAUAGAGCAGAAAUUGUAUUUUGCACGAACAUGCAGUUAUUAAAGAUUAGGAUCAAGGAUAGACAAGGUAUAGUAGUUAUCUUAAAAUAUACACUCCGAAGCAGUAUUAUUUUAAAAUCCUUUUACCCUGCCUACCUCCCCUACCCGGGUUCCCCUGUCUUUAAUUUGGAGACACUCCACCACAAACUCUUCACUUUAGAGGUAGCUUGCCAUCUCUCAGGAGCCCUCACCGUUGUGUCCACUCACUGUGUAUAGAUGGCAGAACUUUUGAGGUGCAAUGUUUAAUUGUUAAAAUAGUAGCCACGACUUUAUCAGGCAGCCCCAAACUGGUGCAUAAUGCAUGGUACAAGGAAUAUUUAUGUAUUUUUUGGAAUUUUGUAAUAUUUAGUAAAAGUAUAUGAAAGGAUUGCUACUGUAUCAGAAAUCCUGUUUCAAUUUAGUCUAUCCUGGAUAUGUACUAACGACUAUUACCACCAGAGAAGAGAGCUUUCUACAAAAGUCACUACAGAUUUUGCUAUAUUGCUUUGUAGAUAGAUUUUUACUUUUGCCUAAAAGUAUUUAUCCUUCAUACCAAUUGUAACAUCUGACACCAUGUAGAAGCUAAAAGUUUAGAGGGAGUGAAGGUUUUCUCAAGACCUUCCUCAAGCAUUUUAUCUUUAUAAGAGAAAUUGAUGGGCACCUGAUACUCUGUCUAAAUAUGUUUGGUUACAUGUGUUUUGCCCUGUGCCAUUCAUUUGGAACAUUAUUGCUUUCUUUAUUUUAAAAAGCUUGUUUUUAGGUAAUCAUAGAGCUUGCUAUUUGUACAUCUUUUGAGCAACACUACAUAAACUGAUUUUUAGUUGAUUUAGCUAUAGCAGUACAAUGAUUAGUAAUGUAAAAAUUAACACAGAAAUUAACCUAAGGAAUGAAGGGCGGGUUUGUCAAAAUAUCAAGUGAAUUUUUAUUUCUAAAGUACAUUUAAUGUAGAUGACCUAAAGAAUGCAUUAUCCAUCCUAUAUAAAAAAAAGAUAAAACACAGGUCACCAACUUUCUCAGUUCACCCCAUUUACCUUGUAUAGAGGAUUGUUCAUUCCUCUGGGACUAAGUUAUAGUUAUGGUGAGUGUGUCUUUACUGUAGUUUUGCCUGAUCUCACUCAUUGCACUUCCUGGAGUUAAAUUUUCCAGUAGCCAUGUUGAGGAAUAGCACUCUGCAUGUUUUUGUUUUGUUUUUCGGGGUUUUUUAAAAUUGAAGUCCUAAACCAGGAAUUAUUUGUGCUCUAACAAGGGAGGAUGAACUUGCCGAAAAUAAAACUUUGCCAUGUAUUUACUCUUUUUUAAAAGACAGAAACAAAACCAGACUUUCUAAGUACUACUCCAAAGACUGUGAUUGUGACUAUAAUACAUUUUUGGUAAUUUUUUUAUACCUAAUUUGUAUAGGAAGUGCUAUUUCUCAUAGGCUGUUUCUUGAAAUUUUAAGUUUAUUGCUUUAAAAGGGCAGUGUUUCUCCCACUUUGAUAUGCUAACAUUUAGUAAGCACUGGCUUUAUGGAAGCAGCUUUUUAUAAGUGUCCUGCAUUUUUUGAACCUAUCAUUAAUUAGCUUAGUAUGAAAGAUAAGAAAAUCUCCAUGUCGUAUCCAUUUGGCUUAGGGAGAUUCUUUACCAUACCUUUCUUAAAACUCUUUAUUGCUUAUCAAAAGUUUGAGUACCUGCUUUGUUUUUUUUGUUUUUGUUUUUGGUAAUUAAAUAUUGUAUGAUUUAUCUGGUUCAAGGAAGAAGCACUAGUCAGUUAUCUAUUGAGAAAUUAUUUUGCAGUGGUUUUAGUGGGUGAAAGUGUCCCAUCUGCACCAGUACACAGGCAGGCAUUAUCACUCUUCACCUACUUUUUAAAUAGUGGCAACUUGGCAUUCAUUCUGGUGAUACUGAACCUUGCCUCAUAGCUUAAAGUAUAAAAAAGAUUCAAGAGCAGUAAGGUUUGUUCUUUCCAGUGCGUGGUGGACCGAGUGGUGCAGGGUGGACCGAGUGGUGCAGGGUGGACCGAGUGGUGCAGGGUGGACCGAGUGGUGCAGGGUGGAGGGCUAACAGAAGAAAGAGCUCCAUUCUUCAAAAUACGGUGAUGAAAAUUCAUUUUGAAACUCAAAUAUGUUCAUUUUGGAUAUUCUCCUGUUUUUAUUAACCCAGUGAUUACACUUGGCCAUCCCUCUAAAUGUUGAGGAAGGCAUGUCUAUUGUGAUUUUGGUGAAGACAGAAUUAUUUUUCUCUGUAGAAAGACAGAUACCACUUUAUCAGGGAAGUUAGUCAAAUGAAAUGGAAAUUGGUAAAUGGACAAAAGCUAGCUAGUAAAAAGGACGAUCCAGCAACAUGCUUUAACCCCAUUGUGUGUUUGUGGAAAGAGCAUAGUUUAAAUCUUGAGAAAUUUAGCACAUGAAAGUUUUCAUAGUAGACAGGUCGUGCCGUAUAUGAAUUGACAUCAUGGAAAAAUCUGAUUUUAUUUUUACAACUAAUGAAUCCAUUCCCCUUCAUUUAAACACUUUCUGUGUUUUCCUUCAGUGAGGAGAUUGGAGUCUGAAUGGAUCUGUUUUCCAAGAGAUUCUGAGAAAUUUUUGUGUGCAACAGUUGGAAAGCUCUCUAUUCUAGCUGAUAAAACUUCCCUUUUUUUUGAUGUAGAUGCAGAUAUUCUGUACAGUUCUGUUGUCUUUUACUAGGACUGUUAACUUUUAUGAUAUAAUUCAAAUAAGAUUGUAUUUCUUGGUAAUUUUGGCUUUCACAAUUUAUCUUUAAAUCCUUGAGCAAUCUGUAUACAAUUAAGAGAUUUCUGACAUUUAUUCUUACACUAAGUGAAUCAACUCUAGGAUUUAGGUGUGUUAACUUUACUUUUGUUGUGUUUUGAAUCUCUCCAGAGUCGCAUGUAGAUAGCAUUUAUUUCUGUGCACUUAAACCCAUUUAGAAAAUAACUACAAAGUAAAAAUGUAGAGGAAAUAGAAAUGUAUUUUUUCAUGAACAUUUUGAUACAAAUUUCAUCAUUUAAUGAUUCACCAAUUUCUUGCAUUAAUUUGAAUUAAGCAUUUAAUUCAAAGAGAGGGGAGCAUUCAUUAUUGAUAUAUGUGGGCUUUAAAAAACUCCAUCCUUUAUAAAUAGUCAAGGUUUGGGCCACACAAAUUAUAUUUUUAUCAUGGAAAAAUUUCAACUCCUCAAGCCAUCAUGUUGAACAGAUUGGAGUAUUUUCUUUAGAAUUUCUUGAACAGGCAAAUGAAAGCUUAUUAUAGGAUGCAUGUAUUUUCUUUUCUCUUUGGAACAUCAACAUCAGUAUAUUGCUGGCAGCUAUGGUAUUAAAAAUAAAGUAUAUUUUCACUAUCAUAAAGGAUUCUUCCCCCCCCCCCCCAUGAAAAUAAACAACUUGGGGUAAAA